AUGUCUGCCCCUGCGUUCCCUCCUGGUGGCACUCUGCUCCAGACCUUCAAGAAGUCAUUCGUCGACGUGCCAGUCGAUGCCAACAAUGACAAUGCCAUCUCCACCACCGAAUUCCUCGACGCCGCCGAGUCUUUAACUACUAUGUUUGAUGUGCUCGGAUCAGUGGCUUUCUCGCCGGUCAAGUCUGACAUGUUGGGUAACGUCAAGAAACUCCGCGAACGCCAACUUGCCGCCCCUGCCGAAUCCGAGACCUUGCAAGCUCUCGUCAUCAACGAGCUCAAGACAAAGAAGCACGUCGCCACCGAGGGGCUUCUAUGGCUAACUCGUGGGUUGGAGUUUACUUGCAUCGCUCUCAGCCAGAACAUAGCUCAGGAAGCUGAGGAACUCUCCACCUCCUUCAGGAACGCAUACGGCUCGACCCUUAAGCCUCACCACGGUAUCCUUAUCAAGCCCGUUUUCUCCGCCGCGAUGAGUGCCUGCCCGUACCGCAAAGACUUCUACCCUAAGCUUGGAGAGGACCAGGCUAGUGUUGCUGCCGAGCUGAGGGCAUAUUUGGCCGCGCUUGAGAAUAUUGUCGGGAUACUGAAGGGAUUCCAGAGCCGAAAAGAGGCUAAGUGGUGA